CGGGGCCCCGAAAGAUGUUUUGUAUUUUUGUGAAUGAAUAAAGUCAGAUUGCCUUACUUUUAUCACUGGCUAAGAGGAUUUUGGCGGUGUUGUUGAAAAAAAAUGUCUGAUUUGCUCUGGGAAAUGUCUAUCAUGAAUGUUUGAUUAUUAUUAGCCCACGUUGGCCGUUUCUUAGACAUUGGCGCGGAGCAUCAGGGAGUGAUUUGUCAUGAUGGCGGACAGAAUGAAAGACAGCCGAGCGCAGGAACGAAAGAAAAAGAAGAGCGCGACCGAGAGGAUAUGAAGAAAAUAUCCAAGCCAACAGGGUUUUUUAAAACUCAUACUGGACAGAAACAUUGUCCCUUGAGCUGUUGCUAACAGCGGUUCUAUGGUCCGCCAGAACCUGGACUGAGGCGGCGGAAAGGGGAACAUUACGCCAGGUGGAGCGAUGACCACGGAUAAUCCGUACAGUACUGAUCCUGCGCUUUGGGCAAAAACAGUGUGAGCUUACUGGGCUGAGCAAGAAGCAGAAAAUGUGGAUGUUAAUUUUAAAGCAUCGGAACAUCUUUACAAACAUCAGAAACGAUUCUUCUCCAGAUCGCGUUGUGAAAGCUAGCUCGCAAGUGGUGAGUACAUCCAAACACAGGGCGAGUUAUCCUCCAUCCACCGCGGCUGUGUUUUUGCAUUUUAAACGACGCUAAAAGUCAGUGAAGCUUUGAAACGGGUUUCCGUGAGUGGAAAAAAGCAACAGAAAUAUUCAAAGAGAAAGAAAACAGCUAAAGUCACAGAAAAGUAAUGCGACUGCUCUGCUCGCUCGCGCUCAAUGUGAAGUUUAAAAAGCGGAACUAGCUUUAGCGUCUAGCUAGCAGCCGCGGGAGGAAAUGUCCUAAUCAUAUGGCGAAGGGCCGGCUGUACAAAUUAGCUCGAGUGAGUCCUACCCUGCCCUGACACGCAGCCAAAAUUCAGUCUUCACCGAAUAAAAGUUUUGACCAGGUUUGGCUCUCAGAGGGGAAACAACCUGACUCUCUGAAGUUGGAAGAAAAACUGCUGCGAGUUUAAGAGCCGACAGAACAGCCGGCCGACGGCAGUUUCACAGUCAAGAUGGUUACGCUGGAUGUUAAGAUGCUGAGGAUAUUGGCUGUCAUCUUCACGUGCGUCACUUUCAGCUUGGUUUCAUCUGAGCGCCAUCUAAGGUUCUCAUUUUGGUCAUGGUGCAUGUUCUCUUGGUGCUUCUGUUUCUCUGUCACCCUCAUCAUUCUGGUCCUGGAGUUCACCAGCCUCAGCUCGAAGCUGCCCAUCUCCUGGGAUGAUUUUACCACCGCCUUUUCCAUGUUGGCCACCCUAAUGGUGCUCACAUCGUCCCUCCUCUUCUCCAUCUUCUUCACUUGCAGGCGACUACCUGUACGGGGCUUUCACUGUGGCAAAGAUAUUGCGGCCUGCGUUUUCUCCUUCCUGACCUUCUUCCUCUACGCUGUCGAGGUUGGACUGACUCGGGCCAAGCCUGGUGAAAUCAGUGGGUUUCUCUCCACUGUGCCGGGCCUGCUCAAAGUUCUGGAGGCCUUCGUGGCCUGCAUCAUCUUCAUCUGUGUGGACCUUUUGCGGUACAACUUGCUUCCAGGUCUCCAGUGGUGUGUUGCUGUCUACUCCAUUUGUUUCAUUAUUUCCCUCCUCAUCAUUAUUUUAACUAUCGGCCGCCUGCUGUCCCGCUUCCCUGCACCUUUUAACAAAGUUCUGAUCGUCUGCAAUGUGCUGGCCGUGCUAAUGUACAUCACAGUUGCCGUCAUCUGGCCUUUCUACAUCUUAAGGAUUUAUCCCAGACCAAACUCCUGCCCUGUGGUCUGUGGGUGGAGUUUGGCUGUUGUUAUCACUUUCAUGACGUAUUUUAACCUGAUUGCUUAUAUUAUUGAUGCAGUGUAUUCUUUCAGGUUGGUUUUCUUCACCACUCCAGCAUAAGCACAUAGUUGCAUUGAUCUGAAUAAGGAGAUUUUGUUCCUGCUGGAAUUUUGCUUUUGUCAAAACAUUAACAUGUAUUCAACAGCAUAAAUGCAGUGUGAUGUCUUUGCAUUUUCCAUGCCUAUCUGCUGAUUUCCAUUGUAUAUAAAAACAUAGUUAUAUUAUGAAAUGCAUGUCUAGUUUACACUUUCUGUGAGGAUUUGGUUUUCUGUGUGUGUUAAUUAGUCCAUGUGUUGCUACACCUUGACUGUUUCCAGCUGUUCCUCAUUUCCCCUGAUUACCCUCUGUGUAUUUAUAUUCACUCUGUCUGUGUUUCCCUGUUGGAUCCUUGUUGAGGCUUUGUUGAAAGUCGUGUGUCUCCAGCUGCUACCAGUGUCUAAGUUCUUUCCCUCAUUGCUCACCUGUGCUGCCUGGACUUUCGUUCUCUUGAGAAUUCAUCAUUAAAACCAUCAUCAUUCGCUCAAUAA